AUGCACUUCUCAACUGCCGCCUCGCUCGUCCUGAGCCUCGCCGCCAUCGCGGCGGCCCAGCUUCCUGCUGUCCCCAUCAUCAAGCAAAUCGCUCCCGGAGCCGAAAACUGCGCCGACACUACCGAAUGCCGCACUGCUGAGCAGGCGGCCCCCUUCAUUGCCAAGAGCAUGUCCGACUACAAGAUCUACAACGUGGCCGAGAUGGCUGCCAUCAUCUCCCUCAUGGCCUUUGAGUCCGUCGACUUCAAGUUCAAGCACAACGUCUCUCCUGGCCGCCCUGGCCAAGGCACUGCCAACAUGCAGAUGGCCAACUUCAACCUGCUCUACGCCCAGAGCAUCGACAGUGUCAAAAGCAAAGUUUCUAAAUUUACCACCACCGAUGGGUUGAGCCCCGAUGAUCUGAAUCACAUCCUGUCCUUGGUUCAGCCCGAUGAGUUCAACUUUGCCAGUGGCGCCUGGUUUUACUCUACGCACUGCGAUGCCUCAGUUAAAGCCGCCUUAAAGGCGAACCCCGAUGACGGAUUCAAGAAGUAUAUUACAGCCUGUGUCGGCACGUCGGUCACAGAUGAGCGGUUGGCAUACUUCACAAGGGCAAAGAAGGCCUUUGGACUGAAAUAA